UCCGAGAAUCUUCGCCGAGUAGCACCCGGUUUCCCCAAGAAGACAGAGGCUCCGAGAGCCCUGCUACCCCUACAAGUGACCAGAUCCCCCCCUCACAUCCAAGCCCCCGUCCCUACCAUGGCGCCGGCGCCCUUCCGCCCUUCCCUCCACCCUACCCAGCUUUAUCUGGCUAUGAUGACUCGUGAAAACUACAACUUCCAGAGUUCUCUCCGCUCCAUGAGUCAGGUGGUUCGGAUCAGAUGACAGCCGGCCCCGCCCUCACACAAAGUCCUCGGAGUCCACCGAGUCCCUAACAUUCUGAAGCGCACCUGGCGGGAGAUUGCUGCUCUCAGUGAGGUCUGUCCACCGAGCUUCGGAGGCUGUCAGUUCCGAGAAGUCAAAGAGCAUGAUGAGAAGCUGGCUGCUUAUUCUGACCCUUUUCCUCUUGAAGUUCAUAGAGAAAUGUGAGUCAACUGUCAGUCUCACUGCUCCUCCCACUGUGAAGCUGGAAAAUGGCAGUUCAACCAACGUCAGCAUCAGCCUUGGGCAACCAUUGAACUCAACCUUGGUGAUCACUUUUGAAAUCACAUUUCAUUCAAAAAAUCUUACUAUUCUGGAGCUUCCUGAUGAAGUUAUAGUGCCUCUCGGACAGAAGAAUGCCUCUUUCCAAGUGACUUCUCAAAAUGUUGGGCAAGUGACUGUUUAUCUACACGGAAAUCAUUCCAACCAGACCUGCCCCAGGAUUCGGUUCUUGGUGAUACACAGCAGAAUCAUUAGCAUCAUAAACCAGGUGAUUGGCUGGAUCUACUUCCUGGCCUGGUCCGUCUCCUUCUACCCACAGGUGAUCCAGAACUGGAGGCGGAAAAGUGUCGUUGGUCUCAGCUUUGACUUCUUAGCCCUGAACUUGACAGGCUUUGUGGCCUACAGCGUCUUCAACAUUGGUCUUCUGUGGGUGCCCUACAUCCAGGAGCAGUUUCUCCUCAAAUAUCCCAACGGUGUGAACCCUGUCGACAUCAAUGACGUCUUCUUCAGCCUGCAUGCAGUCGCCCUCACCCUGAUUGUCAUCCUGCAGUGCUGCCUGUAUGAGCGGGGCGACCAGCACGUGUCAUGGCCCUCCGUAGGUUUCCUGGUGCUCGCGUGGCUCUUUGUGUUAGUCACCAUGAUUGUGGCUGCAGUCGGUGUGACCACAUGGCUACAGUUCCUCUUCUGUUUCUCCUACAUCAAGCUCGCCGUCACGCUGAUCAAGUAUUUUCCCCAGGCCUACAUGAACUUUUACUACAAAAGCACCGAGGGCUGGAGCAUUGGCGGUGUACUCCUGGACUUCACAGGGGGCAGCUUUAGCCUCCUCCAGAUGUUCCUCCAGUCUUACAAUAACGACCAAUGGACGUUGAUCUUCGGUGACCCAACCAAGUUCGGACUUGGCGUCUUCACCAUCUUCUUUGAUGUUGUCUUCUUCAUCCAGCACUUCUGUUUGUACAGAAAGAAACCAGGGCUUCAAGCAGUACACACAGGUCCUGACAGCCAUCCCAGACAGAACUGGGCACCAAGUUUGCAGCCGAUGGCCUUGCCCCAAACCGCCAGUGUUUCUGAGAGCAGCUUGAAUGGCUAACUUUGCAGCUGUGAGGGCCAAGGGUGCUCCCAACACUUCGUUCACAGGGACCAAGCAGUCAGGUGUGCUGUGGCCAAUGGACUCAAAGGUGCUGAUGCUGGUGGCGGAGGGGAGAGGACCAUGGGGUGAGGUUCUGGGGUCCUUUCUCUGGAAGCCACAUUUCUGAUACUGCUCCAGGAACUGCAGAGCAUCUGGCCCAGGCCAGUGCCUGGUAAAGUGUAUUUCUGAUCCCAGAGGUGCCUGCCAGAUCAGUGUGAAGUGGACCCAUACCUACUGCCCUCUGGAUCGAGUAACAUACAAAGACAAGUACCACAGUAAUUUUGAUUUUUUUUAACCUCUGAGGGAUACUUUGAAAUGGCUUGUUUUCUUUUGCCAUCUUUCUUAUUUCCACUUUCUGAGAGUCAGAUGGAGCCCCAUCUGAGUACUCCACCCACACUGCUCCUAACCUUACACCCAUGGAGCAGGCACCCAGUACCAGCCUGUGCCUUAAGAGUCAAUCAAGCAGUAAGAGUAGCUCCCCUGGAGGGGAGGGGAGGAAAGCCCCCGCCCCAAACUAGAACUCCAAUUUCUUAGCUGUUGAGCCUCAGAAGACCAGGAGCUCACAUCCUGUGAUGCUUAUAAGCCCCACCCUGAUCCCAAACCUCCUUCCUUCUCGUCCCAACUUGUCCUUCUUAUGCCAGAUGGAGAAGGAAGCAGGGUGUGCCUCAAGUUUACCAAACUGCUCUUUUUGCUUUCUACAAGACUAAUAUUGAGGGGCCCUUGAAUUUCUCAUUCUUGUAUAUUUUUCUUGUCUGGUUUCAUUUUGGUGGAGCAUAUGUCCUUAAUUAAAAGGUGGCUUGUUUACUAUCUGUACACUUGGAACACUGACUAGAUGCAGAAGGCGGUUAUACUGACCGUUGGAACCAAGUCCUUGGGGCUUGGAGGACCUUGCUUAUAUGAAGAAAUGCAUAGGGUUGUGGAGUACACUGACAUGAGGUGGCUGCAUGUUGACCCACACUGGAUCAAAGACACCUUCUCAGGUUCAAGAUGCCUGUCCAUCCAGAGCCAGGUAGGUUUGUUUCAGUGUCUUAUCUGCCAUUACCAAGGUCCCAUCAGCAUGUUCAGGCUGUGAAUGUGAGCAGGGGUUGGAAAGUUCAGGGUAGGGCAUGAAGCAGGGGUGGUGAAGACCUUACUCUGUAGACUGAAACAUCUCUAAAGUCCUGUGCCCUAGAGUCAGGCUUGCAGCCUUGUCAAGCUCAUAGCUCACCUACUGGCGUCUCUUUUUCUUUUUUUAAUAAAAUGUGCUAUUGGGCGGGA